AGAAAAUGCAAGAAACCAAUCCACAAUACUAAAUCUACCCAUUCUACCCUUUAACAUUUACUUCCACAAUCUCCAAUACUUGUAGAUUAGCUUACAAAAUGAACAAUCUUACAUAUUUCUUCGUCUUUUGUCUCCUAGCCUCUCUUUCUCAUGCCAUAGAACUCGACUUUUGUGUUGGGGAUUCUAGUCUCCCUAGGGGCCCUAAAGGGUAUGUUUGCAAAGAUCCUGCUAGAGUCACAACUGAUGAUUUCGUUUACACUGGUUUUCGUGGUGAAAGAACCAUCACAAACGUCUUCGGAAACAACGUGACUCUAGCAUUUUCAGAUGCAUUCCCAGCCUUAAAUGGUUUAGGCAUCUCGAUGGCAAGGUUAGACUUUGGCGUUGGUGGAGUUAUCCCACUACACUCCCAUCGUACAUCGGAAGUUCUUAUUUUGGCCAAAGGAUCAAUCAUUGCCGGAUUUAUUGAUGCAAACAACACCCCAUAUUAUAAAAGAUUACAAGUUGGUGAUGUCAUGGUCUUCCCACAAGCAAUGCUUCACUUCCAAAUCAAUGUUGGUAGAACUCCGGCUACUGCAUUUGUGAGUUUGAAUGGUGCGAACCCAGCAUUGCAACUCACUACUCCCUCGUUGUUUGCUGGUAAUUUACCUGCUGAUAUAGCUGAGCAAAUCACACUUCUGAGUCAUAAGGAAGUAAUGCGGAUGAAAAGAAUGUUCGGUACAGCAUAAUAAGACCCUGACAAAAAUUACUUCAAUGAUCAAUAAAUAAAUUUUUUCAAUUAAUAUUUUAAUAAAGAGUGUAGAAAUGUUUAUGCCUCUAGUAUUACACAUUUACACGUAAAAUUUCCCUUUAGUUUGAUCA